GAUGUCUUGGGGGGUCAAAACAAAAACAAAAGAAAAUUCCAUUUUCUUUAUUUCCACAGAAGCUUUUGCCUGAUUCUCCACAGCGUACAGGCCCUUCCUUCUCUGGAAUCAGCAAGCCCGAGUCGAGGUAAUAAGAUGCAAUACUGCAACAAUGCACUAGCAGAAUUUGGUCGUAAUUUUCAAAUCGUCUGGGGUUGCAUCAACAAUUAUGGUGAUACCGGUGGGAAGAUGCACAUCCUAAGAAGCGAGCUCGAGAGUCUUAUUAGUAGAGAAGGAGACAUAAUUGUGGAAGUAGAACACGCGGAGUCAACUCUUGGAAGAAAAAGAAAGAGAGAAGUUGAGAAUUGGCUGAGCAAUGUACGAAGAAAAAAGGAUGAAAUCUCAAGCUUAGAACAAGAAGUUGCAAAUGCGAGACUUCUCUCAAGAAUCACUUCAUUGAUCAACUUGGUCAAUCGUACGAAUCAAUUGAUCGAAGAGGUGAAGGAACUCAGAAAGCAAGGUGAAUUUGGUGGCAGACUCACACAAAAUUAUAUCAGGGGAUAUGAACUGCUGACAAAGGAAUUAGACGGCGACACUUUUAGACAAAAUCUGCAAAAGAUAUUAUCUUACUUGAUGAAUGAUGACGCGUGGAGAAUUGGAGUUUUUGGUAUGGAAGGUGUUGGGAAGACCACUCUGAUAGCACAUAUCUACAAUAAGCUUUUGAAGGCGCAUAACACUAAUCAGAAGGUCAGUUUGGUGGUCGUAUCCCAAAAAUGUAGCCCUGACGAGCUGUAAUGCAAGAUUGCAAAAUGUCUGAAUCUUCAUCUGUCAAAUAUGGAUGAUAGGAUUAAUCGAGUUGGAAGAUUAUCAAACUUCCUGCGGGGAAAAAAAUUUGUCCUCAUCUGGGAUGAUAUAUGGAAUACGUAUGAUCUAAAAGAGCUGGGACUCCCGGUAGACGAGAACGGGUGUAAACUGAUCCUGACAACCAGGAAGCUGGAUGUGUGUAACCAGAUGGAAUGCCAAGUUUCUUUCAAAGUAGAGACUCUCCUCGAGAAUGAAGCUUGGCACUCGUUCAUGAAGAAUCUGGGGCGCACAAAAGCCUUCCCACCUGAAGUAGAAAAUAUAGCAAGGUCUGUCGCACAGGAAUGCAGAGGUUUGCCUCUUGGGAUUGUGGUGGUUUCUGGAAGCAUGAGGGGGACGGAGGACAUCCAUGAGUGGAGAAAUGCAUUAGAAGCAUUGAAAGAAGCAAACUUCACGGAAGAAUGCAUGGAAGAGAAGGUAUUUGGUGUUUUGAGAAUUAGCUAUACUCGACUGAAUGAUGCGAUGGCGUAACGGUGUUUCCGGCAUAUGGCAUUAUAUCCUGAGGAUUACAUGAUUGAAAGAAGUGAGCUCAUUUGAUAUUUCAUGGAUAUCCGAUUGAUAUGCAGCAGAAGUCGGGAAGUAGAGUACGAUCGGGGACAUACAUUGGUGAAUAAAUUACUUAACGUCUGCUUGUUCGGAAGUGUUAAACGCACGAACAUCUCUGGACAAGAAAC